AUGAAGCUGGGAGAAGAGGGAUGUGCUCCCAAGACACAUCCAGCAUCCAACAAGAAAGAUGGAGGGGAAUUGGUUAUACCAAUAAAAGGAAAUGAAAUUCCAGCAAAAAAGAAAAGGACACACGAUAGCAACGACAGCGAGUCAACCCCCAUUGUGAAAACCAAAAAGAAAGAAGAUGAGGACUAUGGAAAAAAGAAAGAGCAGACAAAGCAGGAAGAUGAUAGGAGGAUAGCGGAUGGGUCUGAACGAAAAGAAAGAGGGGAGAGCAGGAGAAGAUAUGACGAAGCUAGGAGUUCAUACCAUUCUACUAGAUACGAGGAUGACGAAACCAUAGUUAAGAGAAGAGAAGAUGAACAGAGGGAUCGGAAUGAUCAUUGGGAUAGGGAACGAGAGGCCAAACUAAGGAUAGAUAAAAGAGAGGGAAAGAGGAAGGAGGGGUUUGGAUGGAGAGAGGGAAACUGA